GUUUAUUUUUGUGGGUGAAAUGUUGCCGAAUGCUAUGAUUUUUUGGAUGUUCAUGCUGAGUCUUCAGCUGAGGAGCUGUGCAGCUGAUCUGUGCAACUGGACCGGGAGCGGUUUUGCAGGUGCUGUGGACUCCAGGAUAGUGCUCCAGGUGCGCCUGCGCUGCACAGAGGGCUCGGUGAGGUGGGUUUACCCGGGCCAGGCUCUCCGGGUGGUCCUGGAGCCAAACCUGUACUCCGCCCGCCGCACGACAGUGUGCAUAAAACCUUCUCCCUCCUUCCGCGGAGCAAGCGUCUUUAUCGAGCGCUCCGGGGAGUUGGAGCUGCUGGUGACGGAUUCUGGGCGGCCUGAGCACCAGCAGGUGUUUUGCUUUCGGGCGGACGGUCCUCGCAGGCCCGCCAUCUACCUCCAGUCUAGUCCGCAGCUCGAUGGAGCCUGGAGCAGACGUACGAUGGGCUUCAGAUACGAGCUGCUGGGAAAUAGGAGCGCUGCAGGCAAGCUGGGCCUGAGCGGGCUUCAGACUUCGUGCCGACCCUGCAAUAAUUCAGAACUCCUCAUGGCCAUCUGCAACAGUGACUUUGUGGUUCGAGGCUCAAUCAGGAAUGUCUCCAAUGACUCUGAACGUCAGACAUCGCUGGUGGAGGUGUCAGCUGCCCGGGUGUACCGGCAACGCAGUGGAGUGUUUGAGCAAGAACUGUCUAAUUCUGGGUCCUCCCUGUCCGUCGGGUCAUGGCGUGGGCACAUCCACACACACCUGCAGUGCCACGUGAAGCCUGGGGAUGGGGACUUCCUCUUCACAGGGUCAGAACACUUUGGGGAAGCUUGGUUAGGGUGUGCCCCGCGAUACAAAGACUUCCUGUCCCUGUACCAGACCGCCUGGGCGGCACAUCAAAAUUCCUGCGACUUCCCUUUGAACUGAGGAAGUGUGGUUGUUUUAGCACUGCUAAGUCCUUAUCCACAGGCAUCCUCACCCCUGUACUGGCACCGUGGGAUCCCUCUAGUGCUGUCAUGUGCCAGCAAGGUGGCAUCCAGCAUCACCAGCAGGGACGCAGCUUUUGAAUCGCUGGUGAAAGACACUUUUAGGGGAGCAGAGCAGGGCAAACAGCGGGGCCUCCUGCACUCAGGCUCAUUGAGGACCGGCCUUUGUCUCCCUCCCUCGCUGCCUCCUGUCCUGGGAGACUGGAGAGGGGUUGGGUUUUCGCUCUGCCUUUGUGCUUCUCCCCACAUUAACCGUCGCUCACUUUGCUGCCUCAGUGUGAGAACUGCCCUUUGAACCGAGGAGGAGGGUGCAAUCAACAGUUUGUCAGAUGAAUAAUCUUGUAAAUAAACAAUUGUGAAGUCUUCAUCCUGAGUCUUUGUCAAAGUUUCAAAUCCUCUUUGCCUAGAUAUACAUCUUGUGUACAUGACCUCCAAAUGACAUGAUAACAUUUAAGUAUCAUUUUACAGCUUUAAAGGCACUGUGUGGAGUUUUCAUGUUGUGUUGAUUGUAUUUUGAUGAAAUCAGUAGUGUUUUUUCGGGAUGAAGACUGCAUUUCUCAUGAGCAUCAUCCCCCUCUGUUGUAAAGAUGUGACUCUUGCCAAAGCGUACAUGUUGUUGUGGGAGCAAAUAAAUGGAAUACAGAUCUUCUCAGACAACUUUUGGCAUGAUGCAGAGUGAUGAGGUCAUGUAUUUAUUUGUAGCUACAUGGAAUUAUGACCUUUCCCCUUACUUUGUAAACUCUGACUUAUUACCAUUAUGAGCUUAAAGAGACUAAACAAAUUAUACCGGUUUAACGUUA